AUGGCGGUCUCCCGCUCCUUACGCCGCAACAAUGCCAUUACCUACAUUCUCGCGACGAUCCUCUGCGUGUUCUUCCUAUACUUCUUCUUCGGCGAUAGCACAGCAAUACCCGCAAUAGCGAGAGCGCCACGACAAUUCCUCAAAAGCAAAGAUGCGGCCUCGAACGCCCUCUCUCCGCCCUCAUUACCCUUUCUCAAGACCGCCGCACUAGGUCCGAACGAACAUCCUCCACCACCUCCGGUCGUCCACUACCACAUGGACAAUGUGACGACAACUUCAGAUCCGGUCGGCAAUCGCGAAGCCGUUCUGAUUCUCACACCUCUCGCGCGAUUUUACCAAGAGUAUUGGGAUAAUCUUGUCAAGCUCUCCUAUCCUCACGAGCUCAUAUCGCUGGGUUUCAUUAUACCGAAAGGAAGAGAAGGGAACCAGGCGACCAAAGAGCUGCAAGAGCGGAUCGCAAAGACACAAGCUCCGACCAACAAAAAUCGCUUUGCGUCCAUCACAAUCCUUCGUCAGGAUGAAGAGCCACGUAUCGGGCAAUCUGAGUCGGAGCGUCAUGCUAUGGCUGCGCAGAAAGAGCGACGAGCAGCCAUGUCGAAAGCGAGAAACAGUCUGCUGUUCACAACAUUGGGUCCCACCACAUCGUGGGUACUCUGGCUCGACAGCGACAUUAUCGAGACACCACCGACCUUGAUCCAGGAUCUCGCGUCGCACGAUAAGCCUAUCAUUGUGCCAAACUGCUUUCAAAGAUACAUGAACACAGAGACGGAAGCGAUGGACAUUCGGCCGUAUGACUACAACAGCUGGCAGGACUCUCCGACUGCGCAGGAAAUGGCGGCCAAAAUGGGUCCGGACGAAGUGCUGCUGGAAGGAUAUGCUGAAAUGGCCACGUAUAGAAAUUUGAUGGCCCGCUUGCAUGAACCGAAUGGCGACCCUCGUCGACUAAUGGAUCUGGACGGUGUCGGUGGUACCGCUCUGUUGGUGAAGGCAGAGGUCCAUCGUGAUGGAGCAAUGUUUCCACCAUUUCCAUUCUACCAUCUGAUCGAGACCGAGGGAUUCGCAAAGAUGGCACGCAGGUUGAGCUGGAAGAGUUAUGGCUUGCCGAACUACCUUGUGUACCACUAUAAUGAAUAG